AUGCGUACACUGUGUCGACACAAGCCAAUGGCUCAAUUCAUGUGGAAGGGAAUUCUCGAAGCGCGCUUGCCGCAGGUGACUUUCUCAUACACGACUGCCUUCUGGACGUGGGAAGAUUGGGAACUAGAACUCGAUUGGGCCGCCCUGAGAGGCGUAAAUCUAAUCCUCGCCUGGGUCGGCUACGAGAAGGUUCUUCUCGACUCGCUUCGAGACCUCGGAAUGGCUGACGAGGAGAUACUACCAUUCUUCAGCGGCCCUGCCUUCCAAGCAUGGGAUCGACUGGGGAACAUCCAAGGCUCCUGGGGCGGCCACAACGUCAGCAUAUCAUGGCUCGAGGCGCAAUUCGAGCUACAGAAGAAAAUCGUCAACCAAAUCGUUGAACUAGGCAUGACACCCAUACUUCCCGCUUUUCCUGGGUUUGUACCACCCGCUAUAAAGCGGGUUCGACCGCAUGCGACCGUGGUGAAUGGGUCGCAGUGGUCAGGAUUUGCGACGAAGUUUACCGAAGUGUCCUUCUUGAGUCCGCUUGAUGACACCUUUGCCGAGUUACAGAAGAAUGUGAUCUUGAGGCAAAUGCGUGCCUUUGGAAAUGUCACACAUGUUUAUGCGCUCGAUCAGUUUAAUGAGAUUAAUCCUGCGUCUGGGGAGCUAGGGUACCUUCGCAACUUGUCACUACAUACCUGGCGGAGUUUGAAAGCCGUCAAUCCGGCUGCGGUAUGGAUGAUGCAGGGGUGGUUGUUCUAUGAUAAGAAGGACUUUUGGAAUUCCAGCCGAAUCUCAGCCUACUUGAGCGGGGUGGAGAGGGAUGAUGAUAUGCUCAUCCUAGACCUAUACUCGGAGUCAAGGCCGCAGUGGCAACGGACAAAGUCCUAUUUCGGGAAGCCGUGGAUCUGGUGUCAAUUACACGACUUUGGUGGAAAUAUCGGCUUGUACGGGCAAGUUAUGAACAUCACGGCGGAUCCUAUCCACGCGUUAAAUCAAUCCCAGUCGCUUGUGGGAUUCGGGCUCACCAUGGAAGGCCAGGAAGGGAAUGAAGUUGUGUAUGAUUUACUGUUAGACCAGGCUUGGUCGGCGAAACCGAUUGAUACACGAGUAUAUUUUCGAAACUGGGUCAGCAGCCGGUAUGCCGGAAACUUUUCAGUGCCAAAGGAGUUGUAUACAGCGUGGGACCUGAUGCGGACGACGGUCUAUAAUAAUACUAAUCUCACGACAUACUCAGUGACGAAGUCCAUCUUUGUGCUUUCACCGGAUAUCGACGGCUUGGUUGGCCGUGUUGGUCAUUAUCCUACUCCUACAUCUAUUAAUUAUGAUCCAACUGUCUUAAAUGAAGUAUGGUCUUUAUUUAUGAAUGCGACGAAAAACAAUCCAUCACUCUGGCAAAACCCGGCAUAUGAAUAUGAUAUGGUCGAUAUCACGCGCCAGUUAAUGGGAAAUGCUUUCGUCAAGUUCUAUUCAAAUCUUAUAAGUUCAUGGAAGUCAGGAACAGAAAACAGCGUGACGGACGACAUCGCCUCGCAGAGCCAAAGGCUUCUCGACCUUCUAUCGGCUAUUGACAAAGUCUUGUCUUGCAAUGAGAACUUCUCCCUUGCAAAGUGGAUCUCAAGCGCCAGACAUUGGGGAAACACCACGGCAGAAAAGGAUUUCUUCGAGUACAAUGCCCGGAAUCAGAUUACUCUAUGGGGUCCUACCGGAGAGAUCAGCGAUUAUGCGUCCAAGGCCUGGUCAGGUCUUAUCUCCUCUUACUAUCUGCCUCGAUGGUCUAUCUUCGUGGCCUAUCUUGCUGAGAGGGACCAGACUAGCUAUAACCGUACGGAACUACAGGAAAGGUUAAGGGUGUUUGAGUUGUCAUGGCAAGGGCAGAGUGGGGAGCCAGGUAUAUCUUCGCCAAAUUCCUCGUGUAGAGGACUUGAACUAGUCCUCAGGAAUGUGUCGCAAAGUUGGUCGUCAAUAUUUGGAGAUCAUGUUCGACAAUGA